CUGUACCACUACCCCUCUUAUUCUAUAACUAAAAUAUUCACAGCCAAGUCAACUCUCGUCGCGACUUCCGGAUAGAGGUGAUGGAUUCAAAUUAUCUUCCAUCCUCAAGACCCUCUUCGGCUUCUGGGUCCCCCCGACGGUUUAACAGGAUCGUGUCAUGGUUCAAGUUUCGAUUCUCACGACGACAUCACAUUCAGUCUCAUGCUGCGCCUUCAAAAAUGUCGGGAGGAUGUGUAGAGACGCGUGUCAAGCCUACAAAAGCAAAGUCAAUUUUUAGACAUCGUCGGCAUCACAGCGUUCGUCUUGCACCAGUCUUUCCUAUCGAAAUCAUGGAACUCAUCAUAUACGAGGUCUGGAAUCUCCUGCUAAGCACGAAAGCUCGUGCGGCCUUCAGUCGGGCCUCUAUGCAUGUCAGCCAUGCCUGGAUGGUGACGUUCAUGCGAAUAUCCCUCGCAGAAUUGCAUAUCACCAAUUAUACCUAUUUCAAGUAUAUUUGGUGGCUUAUACGAAGGCGGCAAAUCCAUCGCAUGUAAACAUCUGGACCUCCAGUCCUACCUCGGAAACUCCUGUCGCUCCGUAACGCUCUACAUCAACAUUAAUUACGCCAAGUACAGAUU